UGGCCAGACCAUUCCCGUCCUUUAUUACCCCGUGGGCGACCCGGGUUAUAGGGACAACGCCACUUAGAAAAAUAAAUCAUAUCCCCCUCGCCUGGCGCUUUCGGCCGUAGUAGAGACUGACAGCCCUGGUGCUGCUGUAACUAAGGCUGUAACUAAGCAGAAAUCACGCAAUCGCAAUAUUCAAGAUGGGUAACCUACUGUCUAACACCAAGGUCCAGAGACGAGCGCCUCUGACGAUAUCGUCGGACACUGUCAUCCCGUUGCACCGCUUCGAUGACACCCCUAUCAACAGGAGAGUCAUCGUCGAGUUUACGAUGCGGUUCGACGAUGUGCUAGACCCCGAUAAGCUUCGCUACGCACUCGAGAAGCUGCUCAGCCGCGAUGACUGGCGCAAGCUAGGCGCUAGGAUAAGGCUCACUAGCGACAAUAAACUCGAGUACCACAUCCCGGACUAUUUCGAUGAGAAGAGGCCGUCGUUCACCUACUCGCACGUAGCGCACGACCUCGAGAUCGCUAGACACCCAACCGGCAGUCGACUACCCCGGCCGACGGGACGACCCACGGUCUUAAGUGAUCCAGAGGACUACGCACCACUCCUGCGCCGAUGGGGCGCACCACGGCGUCUCAGCGAUUAUCUGUACUCCGACCUCCCGCAGCUCAGUCUGCACAUUGUCAGUUUCACCGACGCGACUAUCGUUUCCCUUUCGUGGCCGCACACGCUCCUCGACGCCAUGGGCCGACGCGAGCUACUCGAUGCAUGGAUCGCAGUUCUCGAAGGCCGAGACGACGACGUCAAGCCUUUACAAGGCGUAUUCCAGGACCCCCUCGCAACCCUCGGCACCGAGCCCCAGGAACCGUACGUCCUAGCCCACCGUCGCUUGUCCCCGCUCCAGGCCCUGCUGUUCGCCAUUUCCUAUAUCUGGACCACGGUAUUCUGGUCGCGCGGCGAGGACACGCGCAUGGUAUGCGUGCCCUCAUCACACUUAAAGUGUCUGCAUAAAGGCGCGUUGGAUUACCUAGCUGCGCAGGUUGAUGAGGAUGAGAAGGUUAAGCCGUUUGUUAGUGAGGGCGAUGUACUCUCGAGCUGGGUUACGAGAUUGGCUUUGUUGCAUUUUAGAGGCACGGAGCAGACGGUGUCGAUUAUGAAUGCGUUUGGUAUGAGAUCUGUGCUUGCUAAGGAUUUACUCCCGCCGACUCAUGCGUUUGUGGGGAAUGCUGUGGCGGGUGUGUAUGCUUUUGUAUCUAUGCGCGAUCUCUUUGCGAGACCGCUGGGGUAUACGGCUGCCGCUGUGCGUCGGUCAAUUGCUGAGCAAGGCACGCGAGCGCAGGUUGAAGCUCGUGCUGCUGUGGACCGUGCCGCUGGCAAGAGGGGAAAGACGGCUGUCUACGGCGACCAGAAGAUGGUGCCGGUUAUGAUAUCGAACUGGAGCAAAGCCAAGUUCUUCGAGACGGACUUCUCGGCAGCGGUAAUCCGACCGGGCAACAUCGACCCGGCCCGACGCCUCAAUAAGGUCGGCCGGCCGUCGUAUAUCCAGCCCCACGGUUUGCUUGGCGGCAUACCCACGCGCAACUCGUUCCCGAUUGUCGGAAAGGACGCCGCGGGGAACUAUUGGUUCUCCGGCACCCUACGGACGGGGCUGUGGAGAACCGUACAGGAGGAGAUGGAUGCUGAGUAUAAUUACUUGGCCCAUUACUUCGGCAACGCGCAGGAAUAUGGGGUUACGACUGCAAAGGAGGGGUAAAAAAACGGACGGACCGACGGAUACCUGACCCACCUAGAAGGAAAGACUUUCGAUAGAUAUUUGGGAUAUGUAUAUGGGAUAUGGGGGCUCCUAUGUUUGUUCGCAUGGUUUAUAAUCUUAUAUGUUGGGAAUAUUGUGGCGGCUCGAUACCU